UUUUCGAAACGCGGGUCGAGGGAACGGGAUCGGAAUUUUGGAAAAUUUCCUUACGGUUCCCGCCUCGACGAAAUCAAGAACCCUAAUUUCCUCACUCUCACUGCAAGUAUUCUAAUCUCCACCAAUCUACCGUUCAGAUCCUGCAGAAUUGGCCACCGACGGAUGCCUUUGAUCCCUAGAUGACCGGAGAUAGCUGCGAAGUAGGUUCCAAGGAAGCCCGCCCUGCUUUGUGUGAUAUGACUAAUCUUCCAAGCAAAAGGGGAAUUUCUUCGAUGUUGGGUGAUUAUCUAUUGAAAUCUGGAGAUGAGUCUGGUAAGAAUGUCGUGCGUGAAGAUCAGGGGGUAAAGUUUUCAAAGAGGUUAUGUUUAGUUGUAGAGGAUUUGGUUAAGGAGAAUUCUAGGGGUAGUGAUAGCAAAGCUGGGUCCUCUUCUUUUGAAGAUAAGAGCAGUUCUGGUGGCUCUCCCUUAAAUGGUGGUUCUGUAAAUAUUGAACUUGUUGCUGGAAAAGAUCCUGGGGAUUCUAAGGAUGCAUCAAAUGCGUUAGAUGUGGCUGGUGUUCAAUCUUUCAAAGGUGAUUCUGAUGAUGCUGCAGUAGAAAUUACAGGUGGUGAUGGUCAUGAAUUGAAGGAGAGCUGCAUAUCUAGUAGUUCUGUGCAGGUGUCUUUAGAAAAUGUUGAGAAGAAAGAUCAUGGGCAGGCAUCAAAUGUGGCCUCUAAUGCAAAAAAAUGUUCAGAGGGAGAGGGGUUGCCUAAUUCCCAGAACUGCAGAUCAUUUGAAAUGAGUAGAUGUUCAACCGUCGACAGGAUGGAGCAUGUGAAUCACAAUAUGGGAACUGACAUGUUAAAAUCUUGCACCUGUUCGUUUUGCCUGAAAGCUGCAUAUAUCUGGUCGGAUCUUCAUUACCAGGAUAUCAAAGGCAGGUUAUCUGUGUUGAAGAAGAGUCAGAAAGAAGAAAACUAA